AUUUCUGUUGCUCUGCAAAGUCUGACAGACAGCGUUAAGAAAAUAACAGACUUCUACUGUGUGCCAUCAGCAGGAGGCAAGGAUGUUCAGACUAAGGAUAGUGGGCCUUUUUUAACACAGUCCGACCUGACUUCAUUCCAUGCUGCAGAAGAAAAGUUCUCUUGUAAUCUAACCAGAUUUACAAAGAAGCAGUUCUUUGAGGGUAUGGCAAAUAUGACGGGAAAACAGGAGGUAGAGCACUAUGACCUUGUCGAUGUAAGCUUACCAGAAAAAGAGUCCCCGAGUGGUGAUUCUCGUUUCUUGGACGACUGUCAGGAAUUUUCUCGCUUGCAGCAGAUAUUUCCCAAGAGUGAAUGUGAUCACAUAAAUGCAUUAAUAGGUGCAGCCAAGGCUCUCAGUGCAGUGAAUGAAGCAAAAUCUAUUUGUAGUGUCUUGAAAUCAAACCAGUUUCCCACAUCAGCAACUGAAAUCAGUCGCCUUCAUCACAUUGUGGAACAGAACAUAGAGAUUACUAAAGCAGAGAUGUCAUCUUUACAGUCAUCUGUGCCAGGACUGAUUCAAGAAUUGGGAAGUCUGCAAGGAACAGAAAUCCUCACAGGAGAUUAUGAUUUAAAACUUCAGCGCCAGGAUUACUUCAUUAAAAAACAAGACAAUGUCGUAGACCAGCUGAUUACCCAAAGAGCUCGCAGUGAAUUCCUGGUUAUGUUAUAUGAGUUUGAGUCUAGAUGUCAUCAGGAAACACACCAUCUUCUGUCAGCUGCUCGACGGGUACUAGAAUCAAAUCUCCAGACAUGGCAACAGCGGAUGAAUGAUCUUGAAGACCCAGAUCUCAGUGUCAAAAGGCUAGAACGCAAUGUUGUUGACACAAGAGAUAAGUCGUCAGCCCGCCUGUAUCAUCUAUUAGGAGACUUUGUUGAUGAUGAACAAAUGCUGUACCUGCCAAAGCAAAAGAUAAUAGAGAAAGCCAAGCAACUGGAUCAUCAGUACAGCUGUGCUAGAGCAUCUGAUAAAACCAUGGAUGAGAAAUACUUGACUAAAAUAUCCCAGCUGGAAAGUUGCAUGGUCAGCUCCAUGGCAGUACUUUAUGGUGGAUCAAGCACAUCCAGUGGCCAGCCUUCUUUGUCUCCACCAGAGAUCCAGUCAGUUAUGACAGAGCUGAUAUCAAACAUUGCAAAACUAGAAACUGACCUUGCAGAAAUUGUGACUGACGUCACUAACAAGAAAACGACAUUGAAGAACAACUUACUGUUGAAUAAAGAAAGAGAACUGUUCACAUUUUUUCAUACUGACCCUGGACGCUUACAGAAUACCAUUAAUGGUCUAGCAGAUAGACUGACAGCCCAGAAUGUGAAAUGA